UUCAAUCAAUUGCGAAGAUAAAAUGAAAUUUUUCUUAAUAACCGUCCUGGCUUUGGCCGCAACAAUCAGUGCGUCAAGUGACUUUGAGUGUCCUCCUAAGGACGGACAGUACGAACAUCCGGAACAGUGCGACAAAUACUACGAAUGCGAAGACGGCGUUGCCAAAGAAAAACUCUGCCCCGACGGUCUAGUAUUCGACCCCUUCAUCCGCAAGAUCAACAAAUGCGACCAUCCCUUCAACGUGGACUGCGGCGACCGCAACCUGCUCCAGGAACCCAAACCAAAAGGCCCAUGCCCCCGUCGCAACGGCUUCUUCGCCCACGAAGACCCAGCCGUCUGCAACAAAUUCAUCAACUGCAUCGAGGGUGAGUACACCGAAAUUUCCUGCACUAACGGACUCCACUUCGACGAGCUCUCCGGAACAUGCGUCUGGCCCGACGUUGCCGGAAGACACGGAUGCAACGAGGUCGGAAAGACUCUGGAAGACGGAUUCAAGUGUCCCAGCGAAGCGCAAAUCGACUCCAAUGGCAACCUCAUCGUCCAUCCCACUUUCGCCCACCCCACCGACUGCCAAAAAUACUACAUCUGCUUGAACGGUCAGGAACCAAGAAUCCUGGGAUGCCAAAUUGGCGAAGUUUACAACGAGGAAUCACAAAAGUGUGAUGACCCCGCCAAUGUUCAAGGGUGUGAGGACUGGUUCGUUGAUGAAGAGCCUGAGGUUGUUGUUGUUCCCGCGAAACCAUCCAAGCCUUUGAGGAAGGCUUAAGUGUGCAUAAUGUUUUAUCCUAUUUCCUUUAAUUAUCUCUCCUUAUUGCGUAUUUCCAACAUUUUAUUGUUUCCUUGAAACAUCCUUUCUUAUCAAUUUCUUCCCGUUUAAUUAAGUU